UAAUAUUUAUCUAUGCUCUAUAGUAGUCAGUACAGUCCGUAGUCUCUUACAGUAUAAUAACAAAGCAAUAACGUCAAACGUGAAAUAACUAUUAGUGGUAAACAGCAACCUAAUAAAAAAUGUCUCUUUUCCCAGCUUAUUCUGCGAGUGAUGAAAAAAAGCAAGAAAUCGUUAACGAUAAAAUCGAGCCCAAUUCAUCAGAAUGGAUAGACAACGAUAGUUAUCAACAAUCACGUGUUAGCGUUUUAUCGAAAGUGGCCCUUGAAAAUAUUUCUUCCCCAUCUGAAACAACGGAAUAUUCCUGUUCGGGUAGUCUUAGUGCGAAAAAUUCUGAUGAACCAAAACAAACUUCCGCGGAAUGCGAACAGCCAAAAAUUAAUAAAAAAAUUAAAAAAAAUGAGAAGAAAAAAAGAGAAGUUUUUCUUGAAGAUUUGAAAGGUAAUAACAAUUAUCUAACUAUAAAGACUCUUGAUGUAGAUAUGAGACCUCUUUACAAGACGAGAUUUCUUGGAAGUUGGAAUACUCACAGAGAAAAGAUCAAUCAUUAUAAGCGCCUGAAAUUUAAAAGAUAUUACAAAAAGAAAAUGAACACUAUUGAAAUGGAUAUAACUCCCAUUAACUUGGACCGAAGAAAAGAAUUUGAAGAAAAAAUUCGAAUAGAUGAUACAAACAUUAAGGUUUGGCUAGAUUAUGCACAUUUUCAAGAUGAAAUUUCGCGUGUAAGUGAAUACAAACUAUUACCUUUACAUAAAAAACUAAAAAUUUUGGAUAAAGGUCUGAAAGCAAAUCCUACUUCGAUUGAUUUACUCUUACUCAAAUUGCAAACAAUGUCAAAGAUCAAGCCAGUUGAUGAAUACUGUCAAGAACUAGAAAGUAUGUUAAAAAAAGACAUUGAUAAUAUUAUUUUAUGGAAAGCUUUAAUUACUGCUGUGAAAACUUCUGGUGUGCUAUGUAAAAAGUCAAAAGUACUUGCUUUAUAUUCAAAAUGUUUUUCAACUAUGAAAAUAAGCAGUCGAAAAAAUAUAGAGAGUAAUGAGAGAAAAGUAUUAGCCCUUCUUUAUGAUUGUUUAACAUUUUUAAGGCAAGCUGGAUAUUGGGAGCAAACAUGGGAAAUAAUAAAACUUAAUUUAUGUAUGAACUUAGAUAUAAAAAAGGAAUUUUUUAAAAAUGACACACUGGAGGAAAAAACUCUUAUGGAUAUGGAAGAGCUUAUAAUUACUUCUGGACUUCCAUUGAAUUUAUUGUGGCUACGUGUGGAAACACUCAGAGAGAGAUGUUUUUGGACAAGUAUAAAUUUAGAUGAAGAAGAUGGAAGCUUAAUAGUUGAUGAAAAAAGACUAGUUUGUUAUGAAGAAGUAUCUGAUUUUAUUUAUCCAGUGGUUUCACGAAAAUCACAUUUCCAACUUAUCGUUUUAUCAUUGUUAUGUUUGAAAAUUCCAUUGCUACCAACUCGUCAUUGCAUGCUGAAAGAUUUCUACAUAGAAGAUUAUAUUCACAGUGUAGAUUCAUUAGAAUUCAUAUUGCCCAUUAUACAACCAGCAGUUUGGGUUGGAGAACAAGAUAAUCAUCCCUGCAAUAAUUUAAUUAUGACAGAUUUGUUAAGAGGUGAACUAACUUCAGGACCUCAGUUUUUAAAAUAUCACCCAACAAGAGAAUUAUAUUUAAAUUUUAUACGAUCAGUUUUUCAUACUGUAGCUGAAAAAUUACCUUCAAAAAAACGAGUAAGCAUUUUAGUUUGGUGGUUGAGAUUAGAAAGGCUUAUAGUUUUUGUAAAUAAAUGUGAUCCUAUGAGAGAAUCACCAAAAAAAAAUGAACUGAAGCCUUUAAUAAAAGCUUUUCUGAAGAAAACUGAAAAUAGAAAUAACUUAUAUUUUUACAAGGAAUAUGCUUUAAUUGAAUUUGAACUCGGCUUCCAUGAUAAUUGUAUGAAAAUGAUGCAAACAUUAAGUCAAAUGCAGAAUAUCAAUUCAUUAUCAGAAGAUGAAAUGAAAUCCUUAUUUAGUUUUUACAGAACCUAUUUUGAGCUUCUAUUCAAAAUAAAUAAUUAUCAGAUGCUUAAGUCAGAUUCAUUUGCGCAAGUACUUGAAAACUUUAAAAAUUUUUGUUCAGUGCAGUUUAAAUACAAUGCUGAUAUGUCAAUAGAAGAAAUGCUAUACAAUCAAAUUUUAAAAUUUAUCAUGGAACCUAUCCAAAAUAAAGAUGAAGAAGAAUACUUUUUAUCAAGCAUUGAAUGUGAUAUUUUCAUUUGUUAUUCUUAUAUUAUGUUGAUCAAAAAUAACGAAUUUGAAAACUUUAACAAUAUACUAGAAUUAUGUAAUAGGUGUAUAGAACAUUAUAGUCAGAACUUGAAUAUGAAAGAGAGAUUUCAUGAGUGUAAGAUAAUUUGCAUACAACUUUAUCAACUUAUCAAAAAUAAAAAAGAUUUUGACGCAAUAUUAUAUGAAUCAAUAAAUCAAGCAAUAGAUCAGUUUCCAGGAAAUACUUAUUUUCGGUCAGUGAAAAUUGUAGUUGAUAUUUUUGAACCUUGUUGGAAACUAAAAUCAUUAAAUUGUGAAAGUAACACUUUAGAUCUUUUAGUAAGAGUACUAGAUAUGCGAAAUCGCAUUGUACAUCUCAAGAAAGAAGGAUUAGAAGAUUCUGUUCAGUUGAUUACUAAUAAAAUGUUAGCAUUUUAUAAAAACUUAUCAAUGGAUGAAGAAACAAGGAUCUGUCCAUUAAUUUGGAAAUUGUACAUGUUAUCAAUUCGAGAAUAUAAUUUGGUUACAAAAAAAGGUGAAGAAGUUUAUCAUUUAAGUGUUAUGCAAUGCCCAUGGAUAAAAAGUUUAUAUUUAAAUGCAGCAGAAAUAGCACCACAAGUUCUCACAGAAAUUCAAGACUUGAUAGAAGAGAAAGAAUUAAGAAUGCACAUUUCAUCACAAGAACUAAAUAUUUUACGAGAAUAGAUUUUAAUUUUUGAUUAAUUAUUCAACUCUUUUGAUGUAACUUAUUACAAGUCUCAUUGUCACUAUUAGUUAAUAAAACAUUUUAAUUCAAGAUUAAAAUAUUAAGAUUGUAUUUCCAGGAACUUGAAAGUCUUCAAAGAGUUCUGUUAUUAAAAUAAUUCACAC